GCCCCUCGGCCGGGGGAUCCCGCGGUGCCCGCAGCCCGCCUUCCUCGGGCACGGGGUGGUCAGCCCGAAGCGGAGGACGUCAGCUGGCCUAGCCGCCCCUCCUCUUGCCCCGGUGGCGGUGCCGCUUCUCGCGCCGGAGCAGGAGGCGAUGAGCGGCCUUGAGGACUACGCAGGUGCAAGCCCCGUGCCCAGCCCCGGAUCCCCCGGAGGGGACGAGCCACCACAGAAAAGACUAAGAACUGUAGAAGACUUCAAUCAGUUCUGCACUUUUGUGCUAGCUUAUGCAGGCUACAUCCCAUACCCAAAGGAGAAUGAGCCUUGGCUCCACAGAGGCAACAUGAGCCCCCAGAACAGCACAGGCAGCACUCAAGACAGUGACAGCUGGGCCUCAUCUCAGUGCUGUGACUCCCAUGUGCUAUCAGAUGAUGGAGGAAUCAGGAACACUACAUGCAGAGGGACUGGAAACCUCCUACUGAACUCUGGCAGCUUCUGUACAGGCCGACCCCUGCAAACUAAGAAGAGGAAGCAGUCAGCAAAAAAGCUCAUCUUGGACCGAGAGGUGGAUAAGAGGGUGAUGCCAAUGAACACAAAGGACAUUCAGCAGGAAAGGAUUGAGCCAGGUAAAGGGACACACCUAGAAUCAAGGGAGCUUGAAUCCUGUCUCCCAAAGGAAGAGCUCCAGUCCACAUCUCUCCUGGAGCAAUACAUAAAGCAGGACUGGAUCCAUGGAAUGCAAGCAGCUGAGAAGCCUGAGGAACAGAACUCGUGCAAAGAGGAAAGACUCAGCCCUGCCUGUUGGAACACCAUAGAGCAGAACAGUGAGGGAGAACUCAGUAGAGACGGCUCCCAAAUCAGUACUUUGUGUGAGGAGUUUGCUGCUGCUGCCUCAGACACCAAAACCGAUGAGGAUGAUGCCUGGGAUCUCAUCACUUGCUUCUGCUUAAAGCCUUUUGCUGGGAGACCUAUGAUAGAGUGCAAUGAAUGUGCCACUUGGAUCCAUCUCUCCUGUGCCAAGAUACGCAAAUCCAAUGUGCCUGACAUCUUCAUCUGCCAACGAUGCCGUGAUGCAAAGCAGGAGAUUCGCCGCUCAAACAGAGCCCGCACCAUUCCCCGCAAGCGAUUCUGCGACUGACUUUGGCUUGGGGGGGUAGAUGGGUUCCCUUUGAACUUGGACUGGAUCCCUAUUGGCAAGACAAUCAAAAUGCAGGAGCCUCCCUGGGAAAUAAGUGAGAGAGCCCUAUGCUUCCAGAAACGUGUGUCUUAUUCAAGCCUAUUGCAGGUGGGUGGGGCAUACUGUUCUCCACUUGAUAGGGCCUGAACUGUGCUUUUGAAAUCUCAGGGUAUACACUAGAGCAGCAAAUGCAAAGGUGUCUGGCAGACACGUGACUGGUUUGGUGGAUUCCAGUGCACAAUGCACUAAGUCAGCCAGAAGCCUCUUUGACCUUGUGCAAAAAGGGCUCGGUGCCUUUUAAAAAUCUAUGGGAAGCUGACCUAAAGUUUGUUUUUUUGUGGUACAGUAGCUGCUCAGGCUUAAAUUUUGUAAGUUUACGGCCCCAGGUUUGUUCAUGGUUUUUUUUUCCUUUUUGUUCUUUUGGCCCUAGAACCAACUAUGUCCUGAUAGUUGAAGCUUCUGAAUCCCUUCAUGAAGCUAAAGCACAUGUUAGAAGAAGGCAACUAGCUGUCUUCCUGUGCACAAACUGCUUGGGAGAGAACCUUCUGCAACUGAAAUGGCAGAUUCCCAUUCUCUGUUGGCAUGAACUGCAGUGCAGGGCAAUUGACAUUAAACUUCAGUAAUGUGGUCAUUGUGCCUAGUUCUAAGGAAUCUGCCCUCUUCAGAAAUUUAAAUACACUGUGCUAUUCCCAGUCAGGCUAGUCACCUGAGGGGGGUGGCAAUUUUCACUUAAUGUAAAUAUUUUAUAUACAAUUCCUUAGAAAAUGUCUUGUGGUACCUGCUCCAUAUUAAACUACCACCCUUCCCUAGACUUCCAGUUGCACUAGUGUCUAAUUUGAAGGGAAUACAGGAGCUGUGGGGGAAAGACCAAAGCGGUAGAGGUGGUGAUGAGUUUGCUGCAAAGGGUCUAGAAUCUAAAGAGAUGGCAGUAAGCAGAAGACUUAAGAGGUAUGAUGGUCAGCCACAUUGAAGAAGCAGAUUGGGUCCUGCUUGCAUUUCAAGUUGCUCUUUCGUUGCUGAGAAUAUUUCACCUUGUUGCCAUAGGUGAAAUGUGGGGCAUGCUAAAUGGUGACCUGUCUACUAUGCAAACCACUGCUGCUUUUUCUUGGGGCAGUCAUGCCAGCAAACUAUUGCUUGUUUUGGAGGACAGGUCUCCCUGCACUGUCUAUAACAGACCACUGAACCUUUUAUUUGACCCACGUGCCUUCUUGAUCUUACACACACCACCUUAUAUUUGACAAUGCUUGUACGUACAACCCUAUUCUCGCUGUACAAGGUAUUUUCAGUGGCUUGUGAUGGGCCUUUUCCUAUGUAGGACAGACUUCAGUCAUCAGGUUGUAGGAAUUUAGGGAGCUUCUCCAUGUCUUACUUCCCCUCUGCCCCCUCAAAGUGUUUACACUUUUAUAGGUAGUCACUUUCUAUUAAAGAUGUAAAGUAGUGUAUUGUGGUCCUUCGUCCUAUGCCAAGUGUUUGGAGGUCUAUGUAUAGAAUAAAAAUACUUUUUAAUCAGUUA